AUGCAGUUCCUCAGCAUCUCCUCUCUUCUCGCUCUCGCAACUCUUGCAUCUGCAAAGCUUCACAGCCAAGCUGUCUGCGUUACCAACCGCCACUACAGCCCCAGUGGUGGAACGGCAUGGAGCCCCAGCUACAACUGGAAAGUGAACUACGAGCUUCUUCCUGACGCUACCAACUGCGCCUGCGCCUACUACAGGAACCGCAACACUGGCAAUAACCAGUGGGACAAGUGCCCUGACUGUCGCUUUGAUGGUCUUGUCUGUGGGUCUGAUGGCUGGCAUAUUGGCGGUGACGAGGUGAGUACCUUGGCAUAUUAUCCCCAGUCCCUGUCACUGGGACUUUUUGAACUCUUGGCUGACGAUAAAUCUCAGUUUACCUACUACUGUGAGAAGAAGUGUGGAGCACAGGGAGCAGAGGCGAACUAG